AUGGUGCCACUAUUCGACAAAAAUCGAGCAGUGUUCGCCGUGUUCUCGCUGUGUGGUGCAAUGAUAUUCGCAGGAAUGCACACGCCUGGUGUGAUAACUGCAUUGGUGCAAUUGGCACCUCCUUUUUCGGGUAUCAUUACUGGAUGGUCGUUCUUUGCAGUCGCAUGGUUCAGCAUUGGGAACAAGAUUCUCACGAAGCACAUUGUGCAACAAGGUGCCGCAUCGGAGUGGUCGAUGGUGUUUCGUGUCUCGGCGCUUGUAGCGGCUCUUCCCGUGUUUGUGUUCACGUGGUGGGGAUCAGCUGAGAGACAGCUAUGGGCAGCGCCAUCGUCCAAAAAUUCUGUGUACUCCUUCUCGACUGAUAAAAGGUCAAGGACCACCGGUGGAUCUUUUAGUCAGCUUUCACGUGAAACAUCCAUGUCCUCGUUGUCAGCUCGAGACGGAGCAUCAGUGCGAAAGAAGUUGUCUACCACAAGCAUGUCGCGUUCAAGUAGUCUUGCGAAGAAUCUCAACGAUGCCAAGACAUAA